GAAAUCCCACCAGAUCUAAUUGAUGAAAAAUAAGAUUGUGAGCUAUUCACAGGUUAUUGGUAUAAUACUGAAGAAGACAACUAAAAAGGUUUUUUUAAUAUGUACCAUCAACAAACACCGUUUGUACCAUUAGCAUCACAUUAUCAACCUUUUUUACGACCUGUUUUUCCUUUGCAAACGCAAUUUGUUCCACGGAUUCAUGCUACAGACAACGUAGAAUGUCUAGCUGGAUAUACCAUUGUCAGAUUGCUUGGUCAGGGAGGAUUUGGAAAAGUAUAUUUAGCCCAAGAUAAUAUAACCAAACGUUGUUAUGCAAUAAAAUGUACAACAGCAAAGAACCAACAGUCACAGUCAGAGUCGAUUGAGGAAACCUUGGUGCACGAAUACAACCUACUCAGACGGAUGUCGCAUCCAAAUAUAGUCACUUGUUAUAAUUUGUUACAUACAGGUGCUAAAUGGUAUUUGGUUAUGGAAUUUAUGGACAUGGGAUCCAUUAAGAGUGCAAUUGAACGAGGUGGACCUAUGCAAGAAAUGUAUGUGAAGUAUAUAACGAAGCAAGUAUUAAAAGGACUAGUAUUUCUUCAUUCAUUAGGAAUUGUCCAUAGGGACAUUAAAGGUUAG